UUACAUUCCGAACAAAAAUUAAAUAUGGCUUCCGUGAUUAGAAAAUUCAACCGGUUGCGAUCCGGUGUUUAUCUUUUUCAAAAUACCAGAGUGUUUAGACGAGGACUAUGUCAAGUAAGAGAUUUAAACAAUAUAAAACAGUCUAUUGCAAUCACCUAUUCAGACUUUGGAGAUCCAAGGAAAGUCCUAAGAACGGAAGUCGUUUCAUUGCCGAAAAAGCUAGAAAGCUCUCAAAUUCUCGUGAAGAUGAUGAUGGCUCCAAUUAAUCCGUCAGAUAUUAAUAUGAUAGAAGGUACAUACCAUAUCAGACCAGCAUUACCCUCUCUUGUCGGCAAUGAAGGGGUUGGAGAGGUUGUCGAUGUAGGUAAUGGUGUGGAGAACUUACAGAAGGGAGAUUGGGUGUUGCCAGCACAUGCUGCCUGGGGCACAUGGAGGACACAUGCAGUAUGUGAGGAAACUAGCGUACAGCAGAUCGACAAAGAUAUACCUGUCCUCGGCGCUGCUACACUGGCUGUCAAUCCAUGUACAGCCUAUAGAAUGCUCAAAGAUUUUGUUCCCAUAAAACAGGGAGACAUUGUAAUACAGAAUGGUGCAAACAGUGCAGUUGGACAAUCUGUCAUUCAAUUAGCAAAAGAAUGGGGAGUUACUACUGUAAAUAUUAUCAGAAAUAGACCUAAUUGUGAUCAGCUGACUAGCUACCUAAGUCUUGGUGCUACAUAUAUUGUGACAGAGGAAUUUGCUUCAUCACGAGAAAUGCGGGAUCUGGUUGCCAGCUUACACAAAGCACCAGUGUUAGCAUUGAAUUGUGUGGGUGGAAAAAGUGCAACUGAACUGACACGCUUUUUAGGACAAAAUGGGGUCAUGGUAACAUAUGGAGGAAUGUCCAGGAAACCUGUAGUUGUUCCAACUGGUGCAUUUAUCUUUAAAGAAAUACGUCUUGCAGGAUAUUGGAACACACAGUGGAAUACACUUAACAAUAAUUCUCCAGAAAAAUUGACGAUGUAUAGGGACUUGUGCAACUUGAUACGAACUGGAAAACUGGUUCCUCCAGAGAGUGAUCUAAUUCCUAUUGAAAAGUUUGAAGAUGCCGUUGCUCAAGCAAUGGAAGGAUUUCGUAAGCAGAAGAAAGUUCUAGUGAUGGAUGAAAAGUAUUUCUGAACUCAGUUUUACUAUUUCAAGCAGAAGUUUUAUAGACAGCAGAAGACUUUUAGAAUUCAAAUUUUUGGGUUUGUUAAAACUUAAAGUGCCAAGUUCAGACAAAUCUAGGUUAAAAAGUUCACGAACAAAAUAAAAAUAAACAUUACCCCUGGUACAAAGGUA